GUUACAUUCCCUCCUCCACCACCCAACUGCCACUGACUGAAAGCUGAGAAGAUAAGACAGAGAGAGAGAGAGAGAGAGAGAGAGAGAGAGAUUACAAAGACGAUGGACGGUGAUUCCAGCAUCCGGGGGUGGGCCCGUGUCUGCGACUCGUGCCGGUCGGCGGCGUGCACGGUCUACUGCCGCGCCGAUGCGGCCUACCUGUGCGCAGGUUGCGAUUCCCGCAUCCAUGCGGCGAACCGUCUCGCAUCACGCCACGAACGUGUGUGGGUGUGCGAGGCGUGUGAGCGUGCACCAGCAGCAGUCAGCUGCAAGGCCGACGCAGCGGCUCUCUGCACUGCCUGCGACGCCGACAUCCACUCUGCAAACCCUCUCGCCCGCCGCCACCACCGCACCUCAAUCCUCCCCAUAUCAGGCCAGCUCUACGGCCCACCUCAUGAGUCUGUCCACGACACAGAGCCAGGUGGGGCCCAUGAGGAGGAUGAGGAUGAGGAUGGUGAUGGCGACGACGAGGCGGCUUCUUGGCUGCUUUUGAAUCCUGUGAAGAACAGCAAUCAGAACAACGGGUAUGGUUAUGGAGGUGAAGUCGAUGAGUAUUUGGAUCUUGUGGGGUAUAACAAUUCGUGUAAUGAAAAUCAGAACGAGGGACAGAGCAUUCAGCUGCAUCAGAAUCUUGGGAAGAACGAGGGGGACGAUAGCGUCGUGCCGGUGCAGUUUCUUGCAGGUGAUGAAAAGCAGCAGCAGCAACAACAGCAGCAGAAUCUUCAGUUGGAUUUGGAUUUGGAAUUUGAAGAAUCGAAAGCUGGGUACAAUUACACUGCCUCAAUGAGUCAGAGUGUCUCCUAUUCAUCGAUGGAUGCGAGCGUCGUGCCUGAUGCUACUGCCAUGACCGACAUCUCAAACUCGCAUGUCAGGCCUCCCAAAGGGACUAUAGACCUCUUUGCAGGCCCACCUCUACAGAUGAUACCUGCCCAAUUCUCUCCCAUGGAUAGGGAAGCCAGAGUCCUCAGAUAUAGGGAGAAGAAGAAAACAAGGAAGUUCGAGAAGACCAUAAGGUAUGCCUCGAGAAAGGCGUAUGCAGAAACAAGGCCCCGGAUCAAGGGCCGAUUCGCAAAGAGGACGGACGUCGAAGUCGAAGUACAUCAGAUGUUCUCUACCGCUGUCAUGGCUGAAAGCGGAUACAGCAUCGUACCAUCAUUCUAAUUCUAGUGUUGCCACUCCAAGUGAGAGUUGGGAAUUUAUAGUGUAUCUUCUUCAAGAUAAGCAGUUAGCCAAGAUAUAUGCGUCAAGGAAAUUCCUAUGGAAGUGGAUUGAAGAUGUGUGGAACGUGCGUUAGAUCCUGACUGUUCAUCAGGAGGGCCACUGCGAACAUCUCCUAGUCCAAAAGCUGGUUGAUCCACUAUAUGGUUGAUGGUGCGAAAGAUCGAAUGAUUCGAAAAGAGUGACCAGCGGUCUAUAUUCAAUGUGCAAGCAUGCCCCACCCAAUGAAUGGUCUAAUCAAUUCACCAGGUUGGGCCACAAGCCACUGGAAAAAAAAGAGAUAAUUAGAAAAGAGUAGCCAAUGGUCGAUAUUCAAUAUGCGUGCAUAGCCCAACUGAUAAGUCGACUAGGCCCGAUGUCUUGGGUUCUCGGUGGGUACCACCUGAUGAAUGUACUAGAUCUCAGACCAUAAACUCGCUGUUUAAUCUUCCUACGGUUGAAUCUUCAUGCCAUUUCUCUCAAAUCAUGGGGAAUUAUAUAUGCAUUGAAUCCAUGUAAUCUCCUGUUCUGUCUCUGAUGAUUGAGACCCAAAUCAGCUUCUUGUAAGUAGAUGAUAUACUUCUAACUCGGUGCAUUGAAUUUGUAGUC